UCCGUCGGCAACUAUCUAAGACGUACUCUCUCUCUCUCUCUCCCUGUGGCGCGUCACAGUGCUUUUUCCGUACUGCUUCCGACGAAGAAGAUGGACUUGACACCGCGACUGCUCCCUCGUCGCGGUCGCGGCAGAAGAGGAGGUGGAGGCGGCCGUGGACAGCCGCUUCCUCUGCAGUUUAUGAUGGCUGUUGAAAGAAAGGACUGCAACUUUCAUAAUUUUCAUCCUCCUUUGCUUGAUGGCGCAUCACUUGUCUCUGCUCCAACUCCUCUGGCUGAGUAUGCUGGUGCAGAUGCACAAAAGUCCUACCCAGAAAGUAUGUCUACUGCUAUUGUCAGUGUAGACAGUCAAAGCCAAUUGGAAGGGACUAAUGAUGCUGUUACCCAGGGUCCAUCACCUCAGCUUUCACCGGCUCCUUUGUUACUCCCAGCGCCAGAACAAGGUAUUGAAGAAGUUCCAUUACUUGCUUCGUCACCAUCAACGAGUCAAAUGCCUGGUUUGGGAUCUUCUUCUUCGAUAGUCCAAAGUGAAGAUACUCAUGAUUUUGUGAUCGUCGAUGUUCAAGGAUCCUCACCGAGAGUCAUCCCUCCAAUCGGUCCAGCAUUAAUGUCUUCUGGGGAUCCAUCAUCGACCAUUUCUUCGUCGUCGCAACCAAUGGAUCAAAUUGAUGCUGGAAAAUCACUUGGUUCUUCCGCUAAGGCUAAGCUUACUCUUGAAAGGGCUGCGAGAGCUUUACAUUCCGAAGCUAUUGACUCCAGUAGUAUUGCAUCCGAGCCUUCGUCAGCAUUCGUCAUCACUAAGGAGGUAGCCAAGGCCAAAUGGACUGAAUUCCUCGAACUCUCUAAGGGCGGCUACCUAUCGGUUGCAGCUAACCCAGCAGUCACCAAGAAGCUCAAAACUUUAUUGAAUGAACUGUGUGGUGGUGACAUUCGUUUUUCGAAGUCUACUAGCUUCAAGAAGCGCUGCGAAGAUUUCCUGACUGAAUUCCUUGAUGGGGUUGAGACUUACCAGCAAAAUUGCGAGAAGAUUGCUGUCCUGGUAGUCUCGGAGAAAGAUUUUCAAUAUUCCCAUGACUCUGUUGAGGAGAUUAAUCACACCUUGAAGACCAACCAGAGCAUUCUACAGGCUUUAGUUGAUGAGCGGACUAACCUUGCUGCUCGCAAGGUGGACCUUGAGAAACAACUAGCUGAAGUUCGACAUCAACAAAAGUUCAAGGAUGCCAAGAUAGCUCGGGCCGACAAAGUUCUAUGGAAUGAUCUUGACACCUUUGACACAUUGAUGGGUGAGAAAAAUCGACUCGACAAGAAGAUGGCCGACCAACGACAAGUCAGGAACCAGCUACAACUUGAGAUUAGUCACUUAGAUCAUAGCAUGUCGACUUUCCAAGGAGAAGUGAGGGAUUUUGUAAACAACAUGUAAUCACAAUACCGUUUUAAUGAAAUUAUCUCCUUUGUUCAUCCCUCUGUCAA